GCGAAUGCCUCGUCGAACUGUAGUUAGUUGGUUGAAGACUUCGUCCGAAUACAUUUGCCAGCGGAAAAGCGGAAAACCCAUUUUCACGACCUCGUUCGCGACAUCGCUUAUCGGUUCGUGGCUUCGUCUCAUUUUCCAUAGCACGCUUAUCAGCGCCACGCUCCGUGGAAAUGCCGUCGGUGAAAUUACAACUGUUCAUUGCCUAAUUCCGUGCCACUCCUGUUACUCGUCACAUAUCAACUGCGUGGAAUUUUAGACAUCUGGAAGCAGGUGCAGCACCUGCACCGUUAACCAUGUUUUGGAUUUUACGACGCACUGGCGCCGCCAACUUCUUCAACUCCUUCAACAACAAUUGCAGCUUCUCGAAGAGCAGCUCAGGCGGCGGGAAUCACAGCAACAGCACACAAGACAAAUAUGUGAAGCGUCCCCCACGGAAGGCGUACGGCAGACUCAGUGCCGAGGCCGACGAUGCCGUGUCACUUGGCCACAAAAUCGAUGAUCCGUUCGAUGAGCUCGACGACUUUGAAAUGCUGGCAGCAAACUCCAGUGCCGGCUGUAGCAGCGCCAAUGGCAAUGCCAAUGUGCCACCAGGUGAAGCCAAUGGCAACGUCAAUGUCAACACCAGAGGAGGAGGUGCGAACGGGAACGGGAAUAUGAACGGGAAUGGGAACCUUUCCCUACUGCCCUGCACAGAUGCCGAUUGCCAGGGUAACUACGAAGUGGAGAGCGCCCUCUGCGAGCUGGGCCUCUGCCAGGCGAAAGCCAAAACAUCAAAGGAUCUGACCGGGGGGGCCACGUCAACAUCGAAGGAGAUUAACGAAAACACAAUAAGUCGACUGCAUGCCCUGGCCAUGGCCGACGACGAUGAUGACUACGAUGAAUCACUAACCUGCAACGUGUGCGACCGAGCUUUCCAUUGUCACCGACAGCUGGCAUCCCACCAGCAGAAGAAGCGUCAUUUCGGGUGCAGUGGCUGCGAUAGUCUGUUUCCGUCAUUAAUGCUGCUGGAACACCACAAGGAGGAGUUCGAGCACUGGAGCGACGAGGAGAUGGGACGACGGGUGUGCUGUCGCCGGAAUCGGUGCGAUGACGAUUACUUUACGGAUACGGACUCCUUCAUCAGCGACGCGGAGAGCGAGGAUCUGGAGAGGCUGUUGUAAUUGCCGAAGACUGGCCGGGAUUGGAUGGAAAGAGCCGGGAUGGGACGGCCAGGACGGGAUGGUGGACUGAAUUUGAAUUUGAACCCAACCAUGUGGACGGGGAGCCUGGGCCCGGGGUCUGUCCGACCGCAUUAAUGCCAAGGCAGCUGCCGAGGCCUGGACGAGUGUCCUGUGGCGCCAACUGGAAUGAAAGGACCUGGCACUGGGACUGAAACGAGGGUCGUGGACUGAGGUCCUCAGCUUCUGAUGAAGAUUGACACUGGGGCGGACCGCUUGUCGCCCUAAUGAAAAUGAAUUAAACCCUAAUCUGGCUGAACGCAAAGCCUGUGAAGCAAACAAUGAAAAAUGUUGGCUAAAGCCCGAAAACCCCAAAACCCAAAAAAUCCGAAACGCAAAACAAACCCAGCUGAGAUGGCAGAAAAAAGAAAAAACCAACAAGAUAUAAAAUACUUGUAGACUGUGUUGUCGCAAAAACUCAUGAGAGAGCAUAUUGUAUUUUUAGAGUUCAACUACGAGACCCCGAGCAGGGGUCUAAAAACCAAAGUUAUAUAUAUGUAACUAUAUAAUUGUAAAUGUAUAUCUAUGUGUGUGUAUAUUGAUCUAGUCGAAUACGAAACUCCAUAAAUGGAAACCAUAUCAUAAUGUGCAUAUGUCUAAACCCUGAAACCCUGAAAUUAAGCGAAACUAUUUACCAAAAGCAGAAACCAAUAACUGAAAACCAUAAAGUAUUUUUCAAUAAAUAAAACUGUGCAAAUCAAA